GAGGUGUGAAGCCUCAGAGAGGUCCUGCGAAGAGAAGCUGACACCUGCAACAGGAGUAUUAACGGUGCACAGUAGAAACCAGAGUCAAACAGCAAAGAGAAUUAGUAGAGUCCAGUAAAAUGCAGAACUACGAGGAGUCAGUGUCUUUCCUGGGGACCUGGGGCCCGUUCCAGAGGAGAGUCUUCUUCUUUCUCUGUCUCACCUCCAUCCCAAGUGGAUUUAAUCUCCUGUCCGUCAUCUUCCUGCUGGCUACGCCCUCCCACCGCUGCUACAUCCCUGCCCACGCCAACCUGAGCCAGGACUGGAUCCAGGCCAGCAUCCCAGUACAGGUCGCUGGGCAGCUGCAGAGGAGCAGUUGUAGCCGGUAUGAACUGGACCUGGUGCAGAACCUGUCUGCACAGGGAGCCAGACCCAGCCUGGACCUGAUCCGCAACCUGUCCAGUCAAGAGGUUGUCCUCUCCAGCCUGACCCAGGAGGGCUGUAAAGAUGGAUGGACCUACAGUACUGAGAACUACCUGUCUACUGUGGUCACUGAGUUUAACCUGGUGUGCGGCGACCAGUGGAAACAGCCUCUGACCUCUUUCGUCUACUUCCUGGGAGGACUGACUGGGUGCUUCGUCUCUGGACAGCUCUCAGACCGGUUUGGCAGGAAGCCUGUGCUGUUCGGUGCCGUUGCCGGACUGAGCAUCUUCAGCGGCGCUCUUGCCUUUGCUCCGUCCUGGCCCAUCUUCAUUGUGCUCUUCUUCAUGCUAGGCCUGGGUCAGAUCACUGCCUACAUAGUUGCAUUUGUACUAGGUUCUGAGAUCCUGAUCGGUUCGACCAGAGUGCUGUUCUCCAGCCUGGGCUUGCCUUGGGUCUACGUCUUCGGUACGAUGCUACUGCCUGUCACCGCCUACGUGGUCAGGAGCUGGAGACACCUGUCACUGACCAUGGCCAUGCCGGGCUUGGCCUGUAUCCCCCUCUGGUGGCUGAUUCCAGAGUCUCCUCGCUGGUUGGUGUCUAACGGCCAUCUUCAGGAAGCAGAACGAAUGCUGAGGUCAGCGGCUCUCGAGAACCGAGUAGAAGCUCCACCUGUCAUGUUCCUCUCAGUUGAAAAACCAACAAGCGAGAAGACAGAGUCCUCCAGCUUCCUGGACCUGCUGAGGACGGCAAACAUGCGACAUAUGACGCUUAUUCUGUGGCUCAUCUGGUUUUCUUUAAGUGUAAGCUAUUUUGGACUGUCCUUUAACAUGUCUGGUCUCUAUGGCAACCCCUUCCUGAACUACUUCCUGUUGACGGCCAUUGAGCUACCAGCAUACUUUGUCAGCUGGCUGGCGGCACGCAGUUGUCCUCGCCGCCUGUCGUUUAUGAGCUUCACUCUGCUGGGGGCGCUGGCUCUGCUCCUCAUCCAGAUCACUCUGUUCAGUCAUCCAGCUAUCACCCUGGCUCUGGUGCUCCUGGGUAAAUUUGGCCUUCUGGCCGGCAUAGGGGUGUUGUACAUGUACACUGGUGAGCUGUCUCCCACAGUCAUCAGGAACACAGCAAUGUCCUCUUGUGCCACGUUCUCCAGAGUGGGGUCCUCUGUGUCUCCUUACCUGCUGCAACUGGCUGUGUUUUAUCAGUUCCUGCCGUGGAUCGUUGUGAUUGCUCUGUCACUGCUCAGCGUCCUGGUCUGCAUCUUCCUGCCCGAGACCUUCAGACAGCCGCUGCCCGACACCAUCCAGCAGAUGCCGGUCACACAGGGGUUCAGGUGGCCGUGGGCCUCCAAGUCGCCUCCAAAGGAUGAUGGGAAAUUAGCUAAAGACCAGAAUAUUGCACUUGAGGUCAUCUGCACAACUCGCCUAUAAGACUCUUGACACACAAACGAUGGAAAAAGAAAACUACAGCGAAACUAUGUUAUAUUUCAUGAGUUAGUUGUUAGUUUUGAGAACUCUGGGAGUGAUGCAUUCACGGACACCUUAUGAGUGGUAGCAACAGCUUACUGUCUUUACAUACAGCAGGGACCGCUGUGCAGCCGUGACACAAAAUGAAGCUACUGCAAAGCUUUAUUGACAAUAAUAAGUGAGAGAAUGACUGUAUUGUUGUUUUUCAUUAAAAGUCAGCAGAACUUUAAAAGGUAGGUUUUAAAUUAAACCGCAGCUUGCUCCACUCGCUGUAGAUCUAGUUUACUCUGCUGCCAUUGAUUGAAAUAUCGAUUCUUGAACAUGAAUAUUAAGUUUUAAGUGUACAUUCUGUAUAGACUCCAGGUGAUAAUGUGUAUUUUGCUCCUGUACAAUUGGUCAUAAAAACUUGAAUUUUUUGUCGUGUAUAUAUUGAAUGUAUUGUUUGGUUUCUAACAGAAUGAUGGAGGG